AAGGUCUAAAUCACAUAGGUAUUGGUAGAGAAAAAGGCAUACUGGUAUUGAAAUUGUAAAGUGGCCUGUUUACUUUAUGUCCUAACAAAAACGCUUUGGAUUCAGGUACUCCACAGCAGUCUUCCACCGGCCACAGUGAGGGAGCUAGGUCUCCCCAGUCUCCAGCUAGAAAAACUCAGAAUAUCUAAAGGCAUGAAAGAUGGAAAGAAGAGAACUAAAGGUUUCUGUUCCAAAAUUUGACAAGAUUCCUUGGCUUAGUGAGGCCAGCCUUGUAAACAAGCCAUUAGUGCUCAGCCUCCCCAGAAGAUCUCCUCAUUUCUCUGAGACUUUUGUGACUUCAUCCAAGAAGAAUAUGAAUUUGCCAAGUUUGUUUCAAGUUCCAGAUGUUUUAUCUAAGGCCAAGAGGAACCAGAGUGACUCCAUGCUGCUGCUCAGAAACCAGCAACUGUGCUCCACAUGCCGAGAAAUGAAAAUGGUACAACCAAGAACAAUGAAAAUCCUAGAUGAUCCAAAAGUAUCCUUUGAGAAUUUUAUGAGUCAUAGAAUGAUGAGUCUUCGUCAGCCCAAAGUCCAGACUAUACCUGAGCCUUUCCAUGAUGACAUCCCAACAGAGAACAUUCACUACAGACUGCCCAUUCUGGGCCCCAGGACAGCCGUCUUCCACGGAUUACUGUCAGAAGCCUACAAAACCCUGCAGGAAAGACGACAUUCUUCCUUGUCAGAAAGAAACCAAUGGGCAAGACCAUGAGGCAGUGAGUGGUAGGAGUUUAUCAGCUCCCAGUUCAUCAUCUUUGACACUGGCACCUUUUCCUCACAAUUUUCUUUCCUCUCCAAAAAGAUGAUUCAAGUUUGCCUUCCUAAGAGUUGCUGGUAUUCUAGCCCUCACCUCUAGUUUCUCUCUCGCUUUCCUAAAGACAAACUGGUUUAAUUUACAUGAUUUUAAAGAUUUGUUGAUGAAAAUG